UAGGAAAAAAAAGAAGCGGGGAGAGGCAGAGAGGGAAAGAGGGCAGGCGUCAGUGCUGAAAGCUCGCUGGGGAAUCAAAGAGCGCAAGCAAAGCGUGAACACAAUGGAGCGGCUAACAGACGGACUAUAACUGGAACGGCGACCUUUUUCGUUGCACACCGGAAAGCAAGGGGAGCUAUGUCGUCAAAGCCCAUCCUCGGCGAAGCGUGAUCAACCAUGAUGAAGACCGAAUCCCCGUCCGCAGCCAGCAACGGCGGCAGCAGCAGCACGUCGCUGAGGAGCCCCUCACCGCACAGAAACGCCUAUGAGGCGGGUAUCCAGGCGCUCAAGCAGGCUAAGGAUGCCCUGAACAACGCUACGAACGGGGAUGAAGGCAAGGACUGUAAGCCCAGGCCCCCCGGUCGGGGCCGCAGGUACGGCUCUAACGUCCACCGCAUUAAGAACAUGUUCAUGCAGAUGGGCACAGGGCCGGGGGAGGAGGAGGAUCCGGCCAAGGCUAAGGACCAGGCGGUGCGCCUGUCGCUUCCCAGGGCCAGCAGCCUGAAUGAGAACGUGGACCACAGCGCGCUGCUCAAACUGGGCGCCACCGUCUCCGAGCGCGUCAGCCGCUUCGACGGCAAGGGGGACGGCGGGGCACCGCGCGGCGCCUGCGGCUUCUCCAAGCUGCAGGAGACCCGCAAGAUCUUCGAGCAGCGCCACCUGCAGGAGAAACAGGCGGCCACCAACCGCAUCUUGCUGAAGAAGGAGCGGGCGUCGGGCUUCCAGGAUGGCCGGCUGGACGUGGUGGUGCGCUUCAACGGCAGCAACGAGUCCCUGGACAGCCUGGAUGCCAUGGGUGCGGGGGAGGCCGUGUCGCCCACCGUCAGCCAGCUCAGCGCCGUCUUUGAGAAGGCCGACCUCCGCAACAACCUGCACCGGCCCUCCCCCGCCCGCGGAGUGGGCGUUCUCAAUUCCAAAAUAAUCACCAAGAAGGGACGCGUGUUCCCCCCAGUCGCUGCUAAGGAUGACGGCGGGCUCCCCAAGGCCCCCGAGGGGCCGCCCCAGAGCCCCAGGACCAAAGCAGGUGCACAGAGAGAGGAGGGAGCCUCCUCUUCCACUGGCGCCCCGAGGUCAGGGGGCGGGGCCAAGCCCAAGGAGCUGAACAAGCACAGGGCGGGGUCAGAGGAAAGCAAGCAGCUGGCCCUGGACCAGGCCAAGAGGGAGUCCAAGGCCGGAGUGGGGGAGGACGCCAGCGGGAAGGACGCCCUGGAGACGGGCAGCAGGCUGGUGCAGGCUGAGAUCCACGCCUCCCUGGAGAACGGUGAGACCACCAGGGCUCAGGACGAGGCCUCCGAGACAGGCUCCUCAAUCCCAGAGGGCCCCGAGGCAGAGAAGGGGCAGGAGGAAGGAGGGCGGGCGGAGGGGGAGGAGCCUGAGGGGUCGCCGCAGGGCGAGGAUGCAGGGGAGGAGUCCCGGAGGGACGACUACUCCGAGGCGGACCUGGUGGACAUCAGUGCGUACAGCGGCAUCGGGGAGGACUCCGGCGGCAGCCAGCUGGACGAGGACGAGGAGGACGAGGAUGAGGCCUACGAGCCCGAGUCCAGCUGCCUGGAGGUCCCAGGCCUGCCUGCUGAAGAGGAGCCGCCGCCCAGCCGAAAGAUCUGCUUCAGCACCAACCCCAUCAAGGUGUUCACCACAUACUCCAACGAGGAAUAUGACCGGCGCAAUGACGACGUGGACCCCAUGGCGGCGUCGGCCGAGUACGAGCUGGAGAAGAGGGUGGAGCGGCUGGACCUUUUCCCCGUGGAGCUGGAGAAAGACGGAGAUGGCCUGGGCAUCAGCAUCAUCGGCAUGGGCGCCGGCGCCGACAUGGGCCUGGAGAAGCUCGGCAUCUUCGUCAAGACGGUCACUGAGGGAGGGGCCGCACACCGGGACGGCAGGAUCCAGGUGAACGACCUCAUCGUGGAGGUGGACGGCACCAGCCUGGUGGGCGUGACCCAGAGCUUCGCCGCCUCCGUCCUGAGGAACACCACCGGCACCGUCAGGUUCACGAUUGGGCGGGAGAAGCCGGGCGAGCAGAGUGAGGUGGCCCAGCUCAUCCAGCAGACCCUGGACCAGGAGCGCUGGCAGCGGGAGAUGAUGGAGCAGCGGUACUCCCAGUACAUGGACGACGAGGACGAGACUGGAGAGUACGCCACUGAUGAAGAGGAGGAGAUGAGCCCCAUGUUCCCGAACGCCAUCGAGGUGUUUGACCUGGCCGAGAACGAGGACAUGCUGUCGCCCGUGGAGAUGGACCCCGAGAAGCUGGCACACAAGUUCAAAGAGCUUCAGAUAAAGCACGCGGUGACGGAGGCCGAGAUCCAGCAGCUGAAGAGAAAGCUGGCGCACGCCGAACAGGACAAGCUGCGCUGGCGCAUGGAGAAGGCGCAGCUGGAGCAGAGUGUGCAGGAGAACAAGGAGCGCAUGGAGAAGCUGGAGGGCUACUGGAUGGAGGCGCAGAGCCUAUGUCAGGCCGUUGACGAGCACCUGAAGGAGACGCAGGCACAGUACCAGACCCUGGAGCGCAAGUACUGCAAGGCCAAGCGCCUCAUUAAGGAGUACCAGCAGAAGGAGAUUGAGUUCCUGAAGAAGGAGACGGCCCAGCGUCGGGCACACGAGGAAACAGAAGCUACUCACAAGGAUGAGACAGAUAAUCUGCAGGACAAGAUCACAGACCUGGAGACCAAGGUGGAUGCCCUGAAGACCUCUGAGCCCUCAUAGGUGCGCCCGGCUGGGAGGACCACCAGUUUCCGCAGACCCUGCUCACACGCACCUUUCCCCAGACCGAGCGCACCAAGACCGCCAACGAGAACAAAAUUCACACAACAAAAAAAACAAAAAAAAAAAAAAAACAAGACAUUCCUGAAAGACAGACUGAAUGGAGCUGAAUUUUGGGUGGGGGUGGGUGGUCAAAAAAGAAUAAGAAAAUUAAGGAAGUAAUCUGAGGUCUUCUUUUAACUGUGUUUCUAAACACACAACACAACAGCUAUUAUCCCCACAGGCCCCGAGUUUGCGGUCGGCAGGCAAACACACAGCUGCACUGCGAACCUUCAGGGUCCUGCGGCUGGGCCUACACAAUAUAGGUGCAUGGAGAUCAUUCGUAUUGUAAUGGUUCUCUCUUCGACUCCCAGUCACUGAAUAGCUAGUAAUACUGCCACUGCCCGCUGCCGACUUGGCCGCCUGACAUACCGAUUUGUUGACCAGACAUCCUUGGUAAGGACAAUGACCACGCAGAACCAACUAGAUUUUUUCUUCUUAGGCUGGGGCCACCUGUCUGUCGUACCUUGUAAAUGCUCGGACUAACAAGCACGGACGACUCCGUUGCCCCCUCUGCGGAAGUUGUAGGUCUAGGUUUAUACAAAGUUGAUUAAGUAUAGAGUUUGGGUAAGGUCUUGGUUUGUAUAUAUUCUUUAUAUAUAUAUAUAUAUUUAAAAUUGUGGAAAAGCUUAAGCAAUGAAGGAAGGGCGGCUGAGGUGGAAAUUGAAGUAGGACGGGUCUGGGAAUUGCGAACUCCAAGGCCUGGAAGUGAACAGGCAGAGGUGCCAGUGUGCUCUUUGAGCUCAUGGAAAACAGGGUUCUCCUUCGGUUCGUGGCGGUUCUAUCCAUUCCCGCUUGGGGAUGGGCAUUGCUCUAGUCCUUCCACAUUCUGAUGAAAGCUCUGGCCCUCAGAUAGGUAUCAGGGCCAGUAAGGAAAAUGGGUUUUAAGCCCCUUGCGUAAACUUUGGGUUUGCAUUUGACCAGAUCUUAAGCCCCUCAUGUAAACUUUCGGUUUGCGUUUGACCAGGUCUUAAGCCCCUCAUGUAAACUUUGGGUUCGAUGGUGACCAGGUCUUAAGCCCCUCUCGUAAACUUUGGGUUUGCGCUCGGUCGAGAACGCAGUGGGUGUUAGGAGUGACAGAAAAGGGAAGCAGCGUUCUGCCCCCUCCACCUCUCCCAGACGUACCUGAGAACCUGCUGUUUGACUUGAGCACGUUUGACCGGUCUUUGCUCUCAAAAACCUGUUCACUUGAACCUCAGAACCAGACGGCUGCUGUUCCCUGUUUGUGUUUCCUCUCCCAUCGCGUGCCACCGUCCCCAGUCAAGCUAUACCGCCAUUUUAUUUGUGCGCACAACCAUAGGCAGAACCCUCCGGCCUCUGUCACAGGUCUUCUUGUGUACUGUUAACAGGACUGCAGGGCAUUCGACCACAUUAACGCUUUAAGCCCAUUAAGGCCUUAUAGAAUGGUGAUGUGCACAAUCUUCAAGAAUAGUCUAGUGUACAAUCCUGACGUACAUACAUUAGCCCCAGUUAGUAAACACAAAACUUUUAACCCUUUAAGGUGUAAGAUCAGAAAUAGCGUGAUUGGAAUGUUCUCAAUUGAACGUUCCAAUGCAGAUGUAACAAACUCGGCUGGUAAUUGAAAGCAAUGGAAUUCUAUAACACUGACCUAGAAUGUUGAAAAAACAUUAAAAAACCGACUCUUCAAAGGGUUAAAAGCGUCCAUUUUGUAAGUGCUCAAGGACACCCUUGUAAGCGUGUGACAUAAAUCACUUUUGUGUUGUGUGGGGGAGGAUGAGCGUUAACUAGUGAUUACUUAUAAAUUAAAGUUAUGGGCAAUAAUUAGCAAAAAUCCCUUCAUUUGUAACAUAAGCGAUUCAUGCAUCAGUGCCAAUGUGGUUGUAAUAAUCCCUUAAAGAGUGAUUUUUUGAAAAUGAUAAUUUAAGAUAUAGUGCAUGAGGCAUUGUUCAUGGUUUUAGCUCGUAAUUUAGAAUGAUUGUUUCCAGGUGACAGUUGGGAUUUUACCCCAGGUCUCAAAUGACCAAACGCUUGGUGGAAAUGUACAUGCAGUGACUCAAGACGGAAAAAUGUUGCACACCAAUUUAUGUGACCCAUUUUGAAUCUCAUCUCCUCCAACCGUUUUCAAAAUGGCACUGCACUCCAUGUUCAGUAGGGUUCUUAACAAGCCCACUGCAUUCCACAGCCAACAUGUCAGCUUCGCCUUGCAUUGGCGCAUUUAGUGCUUAUAAAGGCACUUAUGAUGCUUACAAUGGGGUGGCUGCUACAGUCAGGCCAUUCAUUUAUAAUAAACUGGGGUAUGUUUGAAUGGCUCCCCCUGGGCAGGUUCCCAUUUCUCAUGGGGGGGGGCUAACAUAAUUAAAGUAACACACAAGAGAUAUUACAUGUCUGUUUCACUAAAUACCCCUCUUAAUUUUCAUCAUAGCUCGGUGUAAUGGGGAAAAAGCUACUGUAUUUCCUUCCUUAACAAGAGAAAGUCUUUUCGAAGAAGGCCAGUAACUACAGUACAUCGCUCAACCUGCUCUCUUGCCUGUUUAGCUACUUGCUUGUUUAGUCACUUGAGGUUUUCCUUAUAGAAGCAUCGCUAAGAUUGCCGCGAGUGAUUUCUAAUUCAGAAGAAGCCUCAGUAAUGUGUUACGAUGUCUCUCGCCUAAUCGAUUUCCUUUGCUUUCAUACGAGAUUAAACUGUACGUGUGUCCUACAAAGCAGCAUAUCCCCCACUCUUCCAUUAUGUGCUGCAUAUGUACAUAUAUUUAUAUUCAAGCUUUAAAGUAUUAAAUCUGCCGUCGCCAACAGUAUUUAUAUAUUUUUUUUUUUUACAUCAGUAUUGAAUCGUUACUUACUUGCUGUACUUUGUGAGCUUAAUGGACAGACUCGAAUCAUCUCUUGACUGGAGUGCGGGAGGUUUUCAUUGUCUGCUGCUAACGCACGCUUUCACAUAGAAAAAUGAACAAACGAAACAGAAAAAGGCUGGGCUAUUUUUGUUUAACCCAUUUGCUGUAGUUUUUUUUUUCUUUUCUUUUUAACGCAUUGCAACAGUAUAGUGUAGUACAGGCGGCUGCACACUGUAGCUUGUAAGUUAUGUUCUCUUACAUGACCUUAGUACUGCCCAGCUGUGGUAUCAGGUUUUUGCAAUGCAGUGCCUCAAGUCCUCACCUUGUACACGUCCAAUGCCCGGAGUAUAUUACUGCUGUUUUUGUGCAUUUGUUAUACAGUGUAUUUAUCUUUCUAUUA